CUUCUCCUCCCGUAGAAUCUCUGUUCGGACACAUCGCCACCUCACCGUCGCACGUCGGUCAUCUUGUCGCUCGCCUCUUCGGUCACCUCGCCGUUGCUCACCUCUACGUGCUUCUUCUCUCGGUAGUUGUCGCCGUCGUUGACGCAACCAGCGUCGGUCACCUCACCCGCGUCCCUCUCCUUGCUACUUCACGGUUCGUCUACUUCGUCUCUGUCGUCGGUUCGCCGCCCAAAUCGCCUUUCCGUUCUCCGCCGUGAGUGAUGUCGCUGUUUGCUUCUUGGACGUCGUCGACGUUCAACUACGGUUUGACUCCGGUUGGAUCAUUGAACUAUUGAACCAGUCACUCGACCAAUUCAAUGGCCGGUUCGGUUCUCGCAACCUUGGUUCCACAGCCCGGAAUGGCAGAAACCCCCGGCGACCCAAUCACUCUGUCAUACACCAGCAGCCGCUAUGCGUUCUCUCUCUGCCGUUGCUGUUGCUAUGUUCUUGAAUCACCUCUGAAUAGAUGCAGGAGUGUGUGAGGUAGUGAAACACUUAAAUAUCACUUAUUUUUAUAGUGAAACAAAUUCACUUAACUUGGGUCAUUAUUAUGUUUUGUGUGUAUCAGUAGAACUAGUUCAUGUUGAGUUAAAAAUGUUAUUAGCUAAUUUUUUGGGGGAGUGAGAGAGAAAGAGAGAAGUUUUAGUGCGUUGUGUUGAAUAAUUCUAAGUUACAUGGCUACAAGAUGGCCAAGGGUGUUAACACCCACUUACCUUUCUCAGAUUAUAAGAACCCAAAAGAAUCCUUCAAAGGCUCUUCAAAUUUUCAAUUAUGCCAAAACCAAGUACCCUAAUUACUCCCACAAUGGUCCUGUCUAUGCAACCAUGAUCAGCAUCCUUGGAGCUUCAGGGAGGAUCAAUGACAUGAGGGAUUUGAUUGAGCAGAUGAGGGAGGAUUCAUGUGAGUGCAAAGAUUCAAUCUUUGUGUCUGCUAUCAAGACGUAUGUGAAAGCUGGGAUGCUAGAUGAAGCUGUCUCUUUGUAUAGGGAUAUUCCUCGCUUUAAUUGUGUGAAUUGGACUGAAUCUUUCAAUACCCUGAUGGAGAUAAUGGUGAAUGAGGACCGGCUUGAAUCUGCUUACCGGCUCUUUGUAGAGAGCUCUUGUGGCUGGGCAGUGAAGUCUCGUGUUCCGGCCUUGAACUUGUUUAUGUAUGCACUCUGCCAGAAGGGCCGCUCUGAUUUGGCAUUGCAGAUAUUCCAGGAGAUGGAUUUUCAAGGUUGCUAUCCGAAUAGGGACAGCUAUGUGAUCUUGAUGAAGGGAUUGUGCCAUGAUAGGAGGUUACAUGAGGCCACACAUCUGUUGUAUUCAAUGUUUUGGAGAAUAUCGCAAAAAGGUAACGGUGAGGAUAUUGUAGUUUAUAGAACACUUUUGGAUGCUUUGUGUGAUGAGAGAAAAUUCGAUGAAGCUAUGGAGAUUCUAGGUAAAAUCUUGAGGAAAGGACUGAAAGCACCCAAGCGAUGUUAUAACCGACUUGAUCUUGGUCAGUGUCGUGAUGGUAAAGAUAUAGAAGGCAUUAAACGCUUGAUUCAUGAAGCUUUAGUCAGGGGCUCAGUUCCUAGUUUGGCAAGUUAUACAGCCAUGGCUGUUGAUCUAUACAGCGAAGGGAAAAUCGAUGAGGCCGAUAAAGUUAUUAUUGAAAUGCAGCGCAAAGGAUUUAAACCAACACACACUAUCUUUGAGGCAAAGGUAGCUGCAUUGUGCAAGGUUAGUAAAGUGGAUGAAGCUAUAAAGGCAAUUGAGGAGGACAUGGUGGAAGCAAUUUGUCUUCCAACUGCUAGAGUGUACACUAUUCUCUUGAAAAACCUUCAUAAUCUCGGAUUUUUAAUGGCAGUGCUCAAGAGUUUGAAUAAGAUGUCAAAAACAGUAGGUUUCAAUAUUGACAAGGAAACUUAUUGCAUUUUGCUGGAAAUGCUUUGUCAUGAAAGGAGAUAUCUUGAAGCAAGCGAAAUUAUGGAGAAAAUGUCACAUAAAUCAUAUUGGCCUUGUGAAGACAGUUACAAUUCACUGAUUAAGGGUCUUUGCAGUCUUGGAAGACAAUAUGAAGCUGUUAUGUGGUUGGAGGAAAUGAUAAGCCAGGGAAAGCUUCCAGAAGUUUCUGUAUGGUAUUCAUUGACAUCUUUGUUUUGUGUCUUGGAUAAGAUGGAAGUGUAUAAUAAGACAUUUAGCUGCCUAACAAGUUUAUGAUUCUUUUACUGUUGUAGUUGUAUAAUAACCAAAUUACUAGAAUACUAUACUUCAAAUUCUUUUAUUUACUUUAGUGCUUCUCUAUUAGCUUCAAAGACAUCACAUUAAUAGAAAUACAGAUAUAUCAUUUGAUACAA